AUGAUAUUCGGUAUUUUGUCUCCUCCGGGUCCAUUUCUAACACCGAGCCCAUCGCCGUCGAUACCAGCGAGCCCUCGGUUGCAACCGUCACCGUCUCAAUCUCCGUUUUCACAACAACAAGACAUUCUGCUGGUGACAAAUAGCGCUAUCAGUAAUGUGACUCAGGAGCAAGACCGUAAGACGGGUAUAGCUGGACGACGUCAAUCAUUCAGUCAGCAGCAAUCCACUAUCAUCCAGCAGCAGCAAAUACUGAGUAACAGCACUAGCCCAAAUGCCGGAACCGUGGUAUACCGCCCUAGUCCUACGCAGUCUCCUGCGGGCGCAGCUACGUACAGCAUCACUACUGCGCCUGGCAAUGAGUUUAAUACGACUCUAGUCGGGUCCAAUAAUAUUGCACUCAAUAAGAAGGGUCGUAAGUCGUCCACGGUAGGUGCGAUACAGCAGCAACCGCAACAGCAGCAACAACACCACCUUAUCCACCAUCAGUCACAUGCAGGCCAUGGACAUGGAACAUUGCCCGCCGCCAGUAGCCCGAAAGCGGCGAAAAAAGCAAUGCAUCAGCAGCAACAGCAGCACACAUACCAACAGCAUCACGCAGCGGUAUCGUUUGUUGGGAGUCCCAUUGCCAGCCCCAGUCCGAUUGCAAGUCCGAACGGUGGUUCGAUCCUGGUCACAACCGGUGGUGCUACCGGUGGUUCCCUGGCCGCUGGGACGUCAAACGCGACCAAUCCGGGAGGUCCAACGCAAAUGAGGCCGCCGACACCGCAGCCUAUCAUUCAGCAGUAUCCUGUAAUGGGCACCGGAAAUCAAAUAGUGCAAAUCUUUCAAGGUUCCCAGUUCGCAAUAACCCAGUCGCAACCGACCACUGCGGCUGCUGUCCCGCAACAACAUCAUCAACUGCAGCAGCAAAGCGGAAGGCACACAACGACGAUCGUAUCCCAGCCGAGUCCCCAACAACAAUCGCAGCUAAACCAAACAAAUGCUCAAGGACAUAUACCACUUCAGACGAUACAGGCGCAACAGUUGCAUGCAAUUCAGCAGUCGCCCUCGCAUCAGCAGCAGUUUGUGCAACAGCAAAUCAUAGCUGGUGCGAGUUCGGUAGCAUCGAGUGUGAUACCUUCAUCCUCUUCGACGGCGGUUGUUACCACUACCGGUGGGCUAGUGAUAAGUGGGAAUGCCAUUCAGAAUUCUCCGCCAGGAGCAUCUGGAGCAAGUGGCAACAUUACGGGUGUGAAACAUCACAACAAAGGACCACCGCAGAUUCUUCCGAAGCCGGCAGCCGCAACGACGCCUUCGGUUUCGCCGACAUCUUCGACAUCCUCUUCUUCAUCGGUAUCAUCCACACCGCUGACUCUGCACCAUCAGCAAAGUCCUCAACAAACGGCGACAUUUGUUUCAACUUACGGUGGGACUCCGGUGAUGCAUGGCACGAAAACGAUUGUAACGCAACCGAAAACAAUCACUUCCGUAUCCUUGCCGACAGUGGUGUCACAACUGCCGGCGCAAAUACAGGUUUCCCAAGCGGGCGUCAGCGCAGGUGGCGCUACCCAAGUGCAUUUCACGACUACCGCCGCACCCCAAACACACACGGGCGCGACCCCUAAUGUGGCGCAAGUACACGGACAAAUGGUUACCACGACGACACAGCAGGCAGGCGCGCAACAGGCGGGGGCGCCAGCGGCGCAAACCGCCGCAGCAGCAGCGCAAAACGGUUCAAUAAUUCUACCGACAGGAAACCUUAACGCCCAGCCACUAUUACUGAACCAAAUGCCGGUGCUGGUGCAGCAGAACACACCUCAAGGGGUUCAGCUCAUUUUGCGUCCACCAACUCCUCAGAUUGCCACGCCUAGCCUGGUAAUACACAACACGAGGCCCCAACUUCAGCAACCCCAACCGCAACAGGUGCUUCGAAUACUUAAUGCGAACGGUACGAUGCAGCUGGCGACUGCUCCUACGUUUAUCGUCUCGUCGCAGGGCAAUUUGGUGCAACAGAACAUUCCUGGACUAAAGACGAACCAGGGCGUACCGUUAACGCAGAUUCAAGGUUUACAGGGACAAAGGCAACCGCAACAAAUAACCGCCGCCAUUAAUCAGCAUCUCUUGAGCCAGGGUGUCGCUCAGAUACAAAAUCUUCAGCUAAAUGGAAAUUUAGCUCAGAUUCAAAUGCCAAACGGUCUCAACGGGCAGUUGCUAACAACCUCUCUUCCGGCUCAAUUUCAACAGGCGAGCGUGGGCAGUUUCGGACUUCAGAAUCAAAAUAUUAACCUAAACCAGCUCGGGAGCGUAAAUCUCCAACUUGCCACUGCCCCCGGUGGUGCAACAUUUGUCUCGCCCUCGUCCACUCCCGGUGCGGGACCUGGAUCGACACCUACUGGGGAAAUAGUUGUCAACGCUCAAAAUAUUCAAUUUGCUACGGCUCCUGGAGCAGGACCGAACACGAUCACAGUUAAUGCACAGAGUGCCGCGCAGCCACAACCAACGCCCCAACAGCAGCAGCACCAAACGGGGAGUCAGCAAAUACUGACUACUUCCACGAUUGAUGGGCAGAUUCAAACAGCUCAAAUUAUACCCACGGUUGCAACGGACAGCUUACGCAACCACCACCACCAUGCCGGUACACCAAUCCUCACGACUGCCUCCGGUCAGCAAGUGAUCGUUACUGAUGGCGUGAAAGCACAAAUUCACGCACAAACUAUUCCAGGACAGCAGCAGCAACAGCAGCUAUUUAACCACACGGCGACAACGAUACAACAACCGAAUGCAUCGCCAGUGGCCAUGCAGCAGCCAUCGACUCAGCUUCCUCCUCCACCGGCUCCACUGACGUUAGCCACAGCUACACGGAUUGAGGUGGAAAAGCCGAAGAAAGAGCGCCGGAACAAGAAAAAGGUGAAACCCAUACAGCCGCCCAUUGCAACGGCAGCACCGAUGAUCGUUCAAUCGAGCGCCCCAAUUGUUAGUCAAGUGCCAAUGAUCAAUAGCACGCCAACAUCGACAACGACGGCACCAGUGUCCGCAGAGCGACAAACAUCUCCCAGCUCACCUUCAUCUUAUUCGAAUACGCACACGUCGACAGGAAAGCUUGAUUUGGCCAAUUUGAUGAAAAUCUCUGGUAUCGGCAUCGAGGAUGAUGAUUUUAUGGACACCGAUGAACCACCGCCUCUUCUGGCCACGACCAGUAACCAUACCGGGAAUGGGUUGGAAUAUUCAACAAACAUUGUGAUACAACAAAGCGACUCGAUGAACAAUUCUCCAGCCACUGGCUCAGGAUCACAGCAGGCGGGCAAGGAUAUAUUGUCACCUCCUGCAGCAGUUUCAUCCGGAGCAUCACCGAUGGGUACACAGAUGCUUGCACAAACUCAGCAGCAUCAGCAGCAGCAAGUCGUAACAACAAAUCAAACGAACGUUGCUGUUGGUGGAAACGAUAUCAUGAUAACGAUUCCAACUGCAGCUUCCGGUACAGAGAGCGCUGGAGAUUUUCCUUACACCAUUUCUAUUCCUACAUCCGGGUUGGAAGGGACUCAAGUGACAAAAGCAGCAUCGGGUCCAAUCAAUAAUCCACCGGUUCAGCAGACAGCUUCAAGUAUAACGGCAGCGGGUACGACAGUGCAACAGCCACAGGACCAACCAUCGUUCAUGAUCACGAUCGAUCCUUCAAACGAUUCAAGCUCCGGACAGGCGUCUUACACGGUUUCGUUACCUCGAUUUGGAAGCGGAACAAACGAAGAAUCGAAAAUUGUUAAUAUUGCAACCGUCGCUCCGACCGCGAGCGUUCAAGCGAUCAGUACAACGACAACAUCCUCUAUUGCCACGUCUAAUACUACUAAUUUACAACCGAACAAUACGAUAUGCGUGAACAGCUUGAUGAACAAUGUGUUGAACAACACCCAGGUAACCCCAACGUUGCAGAGUCAGAUUAAUGAAAUUCAAAACCAACUGAUUGCCGAAGCCCAACCCCAUCUAACGUCUGGACCGAAAACGACGUCCUCUGUGACUUCUUCGAUAGUUACCACUUCGCAACAUCAAUCCAUAUUAUCGUCGGUAACGCCGCUAAACACGGCUCCCUCGGCUGCAGCAGUGGGGACGGUAGCAUCCUCGGUUGCUUCGAUUGUGAUAUCUCCGACCAAUAGUAAAAUUCCUGCGGUGCCUACGUCCGCCACGAAGAAGAAGACUACCGCAAUCGGAGGAAACAUGAGCGGUGCAGCAAACAAUAAGAAGAAUGGCAAAAAGCUGGAAAAGUCGUUUGACACGAUCGGGACGACAAGUGCAGUUCCCACACAGAUUGGAAAUAUUCAAAUAUCUCAAAUUGAUGGAACGACAGUAAGCCAGAACAAGGCGGUUAAGGGUGGUACGAUCAAUAAUCAAAUACAAAUCACUCCGAUCAUCGACAGUAAGGUUGUGAACACUGCCGUAGCAGGACAGUAUCAAAGCAUUGCUCAGUUGCCUUCUGCGGCAACCCCGUCACAAUCUACGAUCACUAUUCAAAGUCAAAUGCAGCCCUCGCAGCAGCAUCCCAAUCAAGCGAUUUUGACAACAAUGGGAUCGGCACCGCAGCUUCAACAGCAACAGCAACUGACGCAGAACAUACAGUCAAUUCCUUCCUCGAUGCAAUCGAAUGUGAUCGGAGGAAAUAGUGUGGUUUUCACCACAACUCAACAACAACAACCCACAGUUGUGGCAACGCCAACGGUACAUCUAAAUCAAACGUCCAUUACACCGUCACCAGCAAUACAACAGCAAUCAGUGCCACCACCACCGCCUCCGGUCACGACAGCGCAAGGAAUACUUUCCCAGCUAACGGGCAGCUUAAGCCUGUCGCUAGCAGAAAAUGGCCAGCUCAUUCUCAAACACGAUAUAAACCAGCCGCAAACACCUGAAUCGCAGACUAUUCUCCAGGCAAUACUAUCCGGUGCCUUGGGUAACAUUACGCUGGUAAAUGAACCAUCCAAGCCGCAAUCAACGAUAACGAAUAGUCAUACUGGUGUGUCUGCCUCUAUCGCUCCCAUUCAGACGUCUCAACAACAACAGCCUAACGUUUCGGCACUAUCCAUAACCCCGCAGCCGACACAGGGACAUCAGAUCGUGGUAACUGCCCAGCCAACUCACCAAAACAUCAAAAAUGUGGCCGCUGUAAGUGGACAAGUUCAGCAGAAGGUCCAAGGUACCGCAACGGUAACCAUUCAAUCCGGGCAACAACAGCAUCAUCUAGCACAACAACAGCAAUUGCAGCAACAGCAUCACCUGCAACAGCAACAACAAUUACAACAACAUCAAUUGCAACAGCAACAACAACAGCAGCAACAACAGCAGCAACAAUACGUAUCACAUCAAACAAUGCCACCGACCGUGUUCGUAUCACAGUCUGCCGUAAACACGACAACAGCGCAACAAAACGUUCAAACCGCUGGUAGCAAUAAUCAGACACACGUGGUUCACUCACAGCAAGCUAUGAAGGACACACGAAAAGCAGAUACAGUUAUUGAACCAGUGUUAAGCCACCAGCAGGCGUUACCACAAACGCCACAAAUGCAACAGCAGCAACAACAGCAGCAGCAGCAACAAACAGUCAUGGUGAAUCCGAACGCGCCAAAACUUGUAGAAUUGCCAAAGGUUGGGCCAAACCAACAGCUUUUCUCGUUAAACACACUAAAUAAUCAAAUAACUCAGCUGAAUCCUGGCCAAAUGACGGCCGCCCUGGGCCCAAUGGAGCGUGUGUUGAUUGUGCCGACUGGAAUCAAUGCGCAGCAGCUUGCGCAAUGCUUGAUGCAAGGGCAAAUCCACUUCAACAAUGUCGGUCAAGUAACGCAGUCCAGUGAAACGAGACCAACUCCAACACUCUCUCAGUCUCAGCCGCCAGUCCUUUCAUCUGCUCCUUCCAUGACACAAGGACUAAAGGGAACGGUCAAUUCUCCAAUGGUAACGCAACAACAGGUGUCACAGCUAAACAGUCAAGCAAUGAAGGGGCAACAGGUUUUGAGCAACCCUGGAAGUAACGUCAUAGGUACUAAGAUAGUGAACAACAGUAGCACCAUCGCAAACUCCACCGGUACCGGUACAACUACUACAAUAAUUGCAAAAGAAAAACCGAAACGUAAUCGAUCGAAAAAGCAGGAAAAGACGCCGCCAGCUCCCAGCCCCACAAAACCCACUGUGGUAAAGGUGAACUCUGUUGCUAGUGGUUUCCCACCCAGUGUCGUCCUGCAGCCUGGUCAACAUGCACAACCGAUCCUGGCGGAAGAUGGCACCAAAAUUGGCACUAAAAUAGUGGGUACAGUGAAUCCAAACAACUUUGUUACCAACAGCAUACAGCAGCAACAUCAACAACAACAGCAGCAGCAGCAGCAACAACAUCAGCUACAACAGCAGCAACAGCAAGUUCAACAAGUAGUAUCGAAUCAACCCUUAGUUGCUCAAGUGCAUCCUCAACAGCAUCAAGUCAUAAAAACUCCAACCACGACAACAAUGAUUGUCAAAGGAGGGAUCGGAUCGACGACGAUAACUGCAACGGCAGCGUCGUCUGGUAUGAUUAACAACAAUGUAACGGUUACAACAACAGUGAAAAAGAAUCGCAGCACCAUUCAGCAACAGCAGCUACAAAAUCAAAUGCAACAGCAGCCUAUACCUCCGUUGGUCAGUGUGAAUUCUACGGUACCUCCAGCGAGUUCUCUGAGCAACAGCACUCCUAAUGCUGUAGGAACACCGACAGUGGUACCUCGAGUGCAGACAAUUCAGUUGACCCCACUAAAGCAGCAACAUCUCAAGAGUGUUCAACAACAGAUUCAACAGCUGUCGACUAAAUUACAAAACAAGAAUCUUCUCUCAUCGCUUCUGAUUCCGGCCGAAUUUGACCCUACGAAUCCAAUACAUAGCAAGCCGCUGCCCACGAUAAAGAAUUUGCAAACGAUGUCGGACAAAGAGAUUUGUACCGUGCUGCAACGGUUAUUCAUGGAGCAGCAAAAGAUCCUGUCUAGUGGUAAGAUUAUUCCAACCAUUCCGACAGGGCAUUCAUUUUCGAGCACAAACGCCCAACAGCCGCUCCCACCGCCACCAACACCAAUCGUGAAUAGUCAGAGUCAGGCUUCAGGAGGCAACACUAUCAUGCCAGCAAAUGCUGAGAUAAAGCCGCAGCAGGCAAUUAUUUCGCCGAUCACAGUUACCCCCACCGGUAGUACAAGUGGGACGGCAGUUUUCCAGAAUGUGGCUAGUGGUGGGACUACCAUGGCAGCUCCUAUUCAAAAUCAACUGCUACUUCCUAUAUCCUCUGCAACGGGUGCCAACAUGAGCGUCCUGACGUCUGGAACAAUUACUAGCGUCGCUUCUUCUGCUACGCAUUCGUCAAUGUCCAUUACGAUCACCAGCAGUACUGUGCCAAUACAGAGCGUCGGUGGCGUGCAGAAGUUUGGAACGGCGGCCAAUAUAGCUGCCACAAAGCAGACCACAACGAUUAUACCGAUAACGUCGACUAUACAACCUCCACCGCCACCGGUAUCAAUCCAACAGGGUGUCAAAUCUACUACCACCCCAACUACGGCAGCUUCGAUUAAUACUAGCAUCGGAGGUCUGAAAAACAACAUAACUGUAGCGGGAGGAACGAUCAUUCCCCAACAUCAAAUUGUAGUCAAUAACAAACAAAUAACCCUAUCCACUGCUGGCCAAUCGCAGGUGAAUACUUCUGGUAUUCCUCCGCUACACACGCUCGUACCAGCACAGGCGCCAUCUAAUUCUGCUGGCUCGAUGGUAACCAAAAUCGAUAACGGCGGUAUUGCGAAUGGUGCUGCUUCAACGGCGAUCAUAAAUCAUCAACAUCAAUUGAUCGCCACCAACCAGAUGACCCCAACAUCGGUACUAACGAGUAGCAGUGGCUCGAAUAAUCCCGCUCCUCCGCCACUUGUGGCAACGAAUUUACCGACGGGUCAACUAAAAACUCUUACUGGAGCUGGCCCAGGAAACUCUUCGAUCGUCAUCGUCGGUGGGUCACAUGCAAUUCUGAGUGGUUCCCCUCAAAUGAUUGCACAAACUGCCGCGCGAAUCCAACAGCAGCAACAGCAACAGCUGCAGCACCAGCAACAACAGAUUCACGUUCAAACUGGCGGCGGUGUUGUGAUUGCAUGUAGCGCAAUGACCUCGUCUUCGGCAGCCACUGCAUCUACCACAGGAUCUCCCGGAUUGACAGCCAUUGCUCCCUUGCGAACCUCUACACCAUCUUCAGUGUCCGCAAUAUCUUCUGCUGUACCGCCGCCGUUAGUUCCGUCCAGUGCCAACAGUAGCAGCUUAUCAUUCGCUUCUACCGGAAAUAGUACUAGCAUGCCGCCAUUGGCCAUGUCAAACGGCAAUGUUAGCUCGGCAAUGACGGCAUCAUCUACUACGUCGACUACAGUAACAAGUAUGGCAACGGUUACCACGCUUCCGACGACAACAACGACGGCCCAGGCUCUCUCUUCGGCUGUCGUGGCCGCUUCUGCUAUGAACAACAACUCGAGCACACCGGCAGUCAUUAUCGCAGCUCCAGCGGGUACUUCUCCGUCCACUCCGAUGACAUACAUUACGACAAAUGUACCAAACAGCCCCGCAGUCAAAGUGCCCCGUGCAAGUUUAUUUGAGAUACAGAUACAGAAAGAUCAGGAUGCUUGUACGAAACCGGACACAAACACACCGUUCGGGAGCAAACAAGAUGCUAUUAAGCGGCUGAUUCGCUAUCACUGUAUGUACGAGGAAAAAUGUGAAGAAAAUGAAGAAGAGGAACUGCAAUUCGAAACUACAGCGGAAUGGUUUCCAGAAGCAUUCCGUACAAUGCUCAGCCGUUACCAGCGGUUGAUGAUCAAUGAAUCAAUGCGAGAAGUACGCACCUCAGAGCUGAUGCUUGUGAACAAACUGUUCAAGGCGGAUAUAACACAAGAGAUCGAAGAAAUGCAGGAGCACCUUCGACAAUCAGAGAAUAAUGUUGUUCCGUCAUGCAACAGCUCAGACGACGUAAUUUGUGUUUCGUCAGAUGAGGACAAACCCAAACUAAGCGAAACAUCAUCCAAUGCUCCUCUACGUAGUAAAUCGCCACUUCUACCGCUAACUCUGUCAGAAUUAUCCAACAGCGAUCAGAGCAGUGAACACGUAAGGCAGGAUUCUAAAUCAUUCACCGGUCAGACGAGUUCAUCGGAACCUUCAUCUACCAUAAGUGGUGUGCCAAUGGUGACGCCAUUGAACGCUGCUGCGCAUAAUACAGAAGCUGUGCGUGUUGUUUCAUCGGUGAAUCAAUCUGCUGGUAACGAUGUGACAUCCUUCCAGAGUACAUUCCAAAAGACCAACAUCACCUCGUCUGUUGUACAGUCUGUGGUGCAGGUUGAAAAGCAAGAAACAUCUGUGAGCUCCGUGCGAAACAUGACCAAUGUGGGCACGCCCUGGAAUGAUGUGUUCAAGAAGAAUGCUCGAACGGCGCCGAAUAGCUACGAUGAUAUCGAGAGCGAAAUUACACCCAGUUUCAUCUUGAAAAAGAGCGAUGGUGGUGUGAUUGAAGAGAAAAAAGGAGACACUAUGAACCAACUACACGAAAGUUCGUCUGUUCCAUCCAUGGUGACCACGACAACUCCUCCUACGUUGCGCUAUUUCAAUCAAGUACAUUCAGUGUCUGAUCAAAAGGAUUGCAUGGCAAUGCGAAGUGAUAAUAAUCAUCAAUCAGGUUCGACAGUUACGCAAUCUCUGGCUGCCACGGUAAAGCUGUCGACGGAGCAAAACGAUUCGGCAUACGAUGAGUGGAUGUGCUUCCAGAAGGAUCUUAGCUACUUCACUGGAACGAGCGAUGGAAAUGUUACAGGAGAGGGAAAUGGCGAAGGCAUGAGAGUUGGAAGUAACAAUGCGAUAGCGAUUGAUAAUAUUGAUGCCUCGGGCAGACGGAAAACGACGGAGGAAGAAAUUCACGAAAUGUUCCAUUCGAGUGAUUCCAAAAGUGUGGAUAAGCAGCUGGAGCAGCUGUUCAACGCCACGGUUGAUGACAAGCAGUCAUCGACAGCUGCUCGCAUCGAUUCACCCUUGUCCGAGUUUUUCAACUCUCACCAACGAACCGUGGGUAAUGCGAACAGUGAUGGAGUUUGUGAGUCUAGCGGGCCAGCGUUGAUGAGUGGUGGCACUUCCUCGAAAACCGUCGAAAGCAGAUUGGACGCAUUAUUUGGGGGCUGCGAAUCACUAUCUCGGCACGCAGGUGGUUCGUCAUCGACCGAAGCAUGCGGCGCAUCUGAGAUAAGUGAUAAGUCAGAUGAGCUGAUCGCCUCGCGCCACUGGUCGUCCUCGGUGUUCCAAGGCUCUCAUGAGGAAGAAGAGACAACAACCGAGUCGUUCCUGCAUAAAACCACGAACAGUAACUUUGAUCUUGUUCAACAGCAGCAACAACAACCCUCGAGUGGUGGCACGCAAAAGCGUCAUUGGUCGGGAUCCGUGGCAAAUGCCAGCGCAGGUGGCAAUGCCUCCUCGUCUGGCAUGAUGUACCCGGGUCAACCGUCAGAAAAUCAAACGAUAAAUCCCAGCAAGCGACAGUGUCUGUCGCUCGACCGGAACGAAGAACAGCUUAGCGACAAUAGCAGUAGCAUGAAAACGGAUGAUCACCGGUGGUUGAUGGGAUGUGCUGGCAGCAAUGAAACCACUAACAGUGGAUGCAACGAAACGCCGCUAGGAGUAGCCAACUCGAAUCGGACGGCUGUGAAGACCACGCCAGGUAACGAUCACAUUCUUAUAAGCAAUGGUAGUAACAACAGCAUUGGUGGUAGUCCCUGUGGUAGCACCGAUAUUAACAUUAGCUGUGGUGGUCUAGUAUCUGGUGGUGGUGGUAAUGGUAGAUCCUUAAGCACAGGUGGGGUCAUUAUCGGUAGCUGUCGCAACGGAAAUCCGAUGGUUGGACAGGUCGAUCGAGACGACGAUGGGCUGGCGACAAGUAACAUUAUCAUGAUGGGUAGAACCACCAAUAGUAACAAUCACAAUAAUAACAAUAACAAUAAUAACAACAACAAUCAUCAUCACCAUCAUCAUCAUCAUCAUCAUGGAGUGUCAAAGCGCACGUCCUGGAAUGGAGACAUCUUGUUGGCAUCGGCAACGGCGGCGGAGGAUGUCGAUCAUCACCACGGGCAUGUGCUUGAUAUGCUGGAUACUAAUCUUAGCCUAAGCCUGAACAAUCUUAACAGUAUCUGUAGCUCGGGCAUACUGGAUAACGGUGACCCGAGUGAUCCCGAUUCGCUCCCUCACCACCAUGCACAUCAGCAGCCGGAUGAGCAGCUUCAUCACCAUCAACAGCAACAGUCGCAUCUUAUGCAUCAUAACCAUAUUGCGCACAAUAAUCACAUUGCUCACCAUUUGCAUCACAAUCACAACCCUCAUCUUCAUCAACACAUGCAUUCGGCAGUGGACGAGCCGCUCUCGGGCACUGUGGAUGCGGUCGGCAACGAGCAAAAAUGCAACAAAGGCUGCUUCAGCGAUACGGACGAUUUAAUGCAUGGUGGUGGCGGUGGUACUAAUAGUGGUCGAAUCACAGACGAUGAAACAGGAAGCUUAAUUCUGUGUGGUGGCGGUAGUGGCAGUAGCGAUGGUAUUGCUAGUAGUAGUUCGCGCCACGAAAACAAUAGUGCUCACAACAAAAUCAACUAUCUCGAUCGUGAACUUCUAGGAUUGGAUCCUCCCGAACACCUGCACCUGCACAAUGCUGCCGAUGAGAAUAGUAGACCACCGGUGAUUAAUUCCGGUCAUUCUCAGCAUCAUCAUAACGCUGGUUCAGGCAAUGGAAUGAAUGGUCCUGUGUCGGGCAGUGGCAAGGAUUCGCUUCACUUGGCGUCUAGUAUGCUGGAAGGUACCGGCGCAUCAUUCCAUGAUCACCAGCAACAGCAGCAUCAACAACAGCAUAGUCAACAGCAAGUGAUCCAUGAUCUCCAUCAGUUCAAUCAUAUCUCAUUCGACACUAUAGGAGUGCCUAACUUUGAGGAAGACAUCAGUCGCCAGGUGCAGAAUGCGAUUGAUAGCAUAUUGAACCUGCAGAGCAACGAAACGGACGGAGCGCUUUCGCACUACUCGCUCGAUCAUUCCUUCCUUCCCGACAGUCCUCUAUCUAGCGGGCUUGCAACUACCGUCAAUUCGUCAUCGUUGAGCGGGGUUCACCAUCAGCACUCGGAAUCGGUACUGUCGCAUCAUCAACAAUCAGUGCACCUACAGGCCCAUUCUCAGCAUCAGCCGCCUCACCAUCUGCAACAUCAUCGGCAAUCUUCGUCGAUGGUGGCCGUGCAGCAGCAGAUAAGCAUGAAGAGAAAAUACCCCACGGAUUGUCCGUCUCCGAUGGUCGGCGUGUCGCCGGAUGAUGCUAGCCCGAUGGGCCCUGGCAGCAGCGGAAGCAGUAACAGUAACAAUAGCACUAUCAGUAACCUCAGCAGUACGACCAGUAGCAACACCACAGCGAGUACCUUGAGCAGCUCGGGGAACAGCAGUGGAAGCCUGAUAGGCGUGACGAACCAUCACUUUGGCGUUAGCGCCACCGACGGUGACCCGCUGAAAACUAUCAUCAAAUCUUGACAACUUUCCAUCGUCGGCUAAGCAAUUGCAAGCAACAGCUCGCA